AUGUUUCCUUCUCCAGGGCACAAGUCUGGGAAGUCACCACCUAAGAGUGUAGAUGACAUGACCCUUGCUCAGGAAAAGGUAUAUAGCGAAGCUAGAGCAUCUCCAUCACCAUCACCAAAGAUUGAAAAGGUGGCCAGGGCAUCUCCAUCCCCAAAGAUGGAAAAGGACGCAAGAUCAUCGCUAUCACCAAAGAUGGAAAAGGUGUCCAGAGCAUCUCCAUCACCAUCUCCAAAGAUGGAAAAGGUGGCCAAAGCAUCUCCAUCACCAUCACCAAAGAUGGAAAAGGUGGACAGAGCAUCUCCAUCACCAUCUCCAAAGAUGGAAAAGGUGGCCAAAGCAUCUCCAUCACCAUCACCAACGAUGGAAAAGGUGGCAAGAGCAUCACCAUCACCAAAGAUGGAAAAGGACGCAAGAGCAUCGCUAUCACCAAAGAUGGAAAAGAUGUCCAGAGCAUCUCCAUCACCAUCUCCAAAGAUGGAGAAGGUGGCCAAAGCAUCUCCAUCACCAUCACCAAAGAUGGAAAAGGACGCAAGAGCAUCGCUAUCACCAAAGAUGGAAGAGAUGUCCAGAGCAUCUCCAUCACCAUCUCCAAAGAUGGAAAAGGUGGCCAAAGCAUCUCCAUCACCAUCACCAAAGAUGGAAAAGGACGCAAGAGCAUCGCUAUCACCAAAGAUGGAAAAGGUGUCAAGAGCAUCUCCAUCACCAUCUCAAAAGAUAAAGAAGGUGGCCAAAGCAUCUCCAAUACCAUCACCCAAGAUGGAAAAGGUGUCCAGAGCAUCUCCAUCACCAUCUCCAAAGAUGGAAAAGGUGGCCAAAGCAUCUCCAUCACCAUCACCAAAGAUGGAAAAGGUGGCCAGAGCAUCUCCAUCAUCAUCACCAAAGAUGGAAAAGGACGCUAAAGCAUCGCUAUCACCAAAGAUGGAAAAGGUGUCAAGAGCAUCUCCAUCACCAUCUCCAAAGAUAAAGAAGGUGGCGAAAGCAUCUCCAUCACCAUCACCAAAGAUGGAAAAGGUGUCCAGAGCAUCUCCAUCACCAUCUCCAAAGAUGGAAAAGGUGGCCAAAGCAUCUCCAUCACCAUCACCAAAGAUGGAAAAGGUGGUCAGAGCAUCUCCAUCAUCAUCACCAAUGAUGGAAAAGGACGCAAGAGCAUCGCUAUCACCAAAGAUGGAAAAGUUGUCCAGAGCAUCUCCAUCAUCAUCUCCAACGAUGGAAAAGGUGGCCAAAGCAGCUCCAUCACCAUCACCAAAGAUGGAAAAGGACGCAAGAGCAUCGCUAUCACCAAAGAUGGAAAAGGUGGCCAAAGCAUCUUCAUCACCAUCAUCAAAGAUGGAAAAGGUGGUCAGAGCAUCUCCAUCAUCAUCACCAAUGAUGGAAAAGGACGCAAGAGCAUCGCUAUCACCAAAGAUGGAAAAGGUGUCCAGAGCAUCUCCAUCAUCAUCUCCAACGAUGGAAAAGGUGGCCAAAGCAGCUCCAUCACCAUCACCAAAGAUGGAAAAGGACGCAAGAGCAUCGCUAUCACCAAAGAUGGAAAAGGUGGCCAAAGCAUCUUCAUCACCAUCACCAAAGAUGAAAAAGGUGGUCAGAGCAUCUCCAUCACCAUCACCAAAGAUGGAAAAGGACGCAAGAGCAUCGCUAUCACCAAAGAUGGAAAAGGUGUCCAGAGCAUCUCUAUCACCAUCUCCAAAGAUGGAGAAGGUGGCCAAAGCAUCUCCAUCACCAUCACCAAAGAUGGAAAAGGUGUCCAGAGCAUCUCCAUCACCAUCUCGAAAGAUGGAAAAGGUGGCCAAAGCAUCUCCAUCACCAUCAACAAAGAUGGAAAAGGUGUCCAGAGCAUCUCCAUCAUCAUCUCCAAAGAUGGAGAAGGUGGCCAAAGCAUCUCCAUCACCAUCACCAAAGAUGGAAAAGGACACAAGAGAAACGCUAUCACCAAAGAUGGAAAAGGUGUCCAGAGCAUCUCCAUCACCAUCGCCAAAGAUGGAAAAGUUGACCAAAGCAUCUCCAUCACCUUCACCAAAGAUGGAAAAGGUGGUCAGAGCAUCACCAUCACCAAAGAUGGAAAAGGAGAUAAGAGCAUCGCUAUCACCAAAGAUGGAAAAUGUGUCCAUGGCAUCUCCAUCACCAUCUCCAAAGAUGGAAAAGGUGGCCAAAGCAUCUCCAUCACCAUCACCAAAGAUGGAAAAAGACGCAAGAGCAGCGCUAUCACCAAAGAUGGAAAAAGUGUCCAGAGCAUCUCCAUCCCCAUCUGCAAAGAUGGAAAAGGUGGCAAAAGCAUCUCCAUCACCAUCACCAAAGAUGGAAAAGGUGACCAGAGCAUCUCCAUCACCAAAGAUGGAAAUGGUGGCCAGAGCAUCUGCAUCACCAAGGAUGGAAAAGUUGACAAGGGCUUCUCCAUCAUCUAAGAUGGAAAAGGAGGCCAGAGCAUCACCAUCACUAAAGAUGGAAAAGGUGGCAAGAGGAUCACCAUCUCCAAAGAUGGAAAAGGUGGCCAAAGCAUCACCAUCACCAAAGAUGGAAAAGGUGGCCAGAGCAUCUACAUCACCAAAGAUGGAAAAGGACGCAAGAGCAUCUCCAUCACCAAAGAAGGAAAAGGAGGCCAGAGCAUCACCAUCACCAAAGAUGGAAAAGGUGGCAAGAGCAUCUCCAUCACCAUCACCAAAGAUGGAAAAGGUGGCAAGAACAUCUCCAUCACCAUCAUCAAAGAUUGAAAAAGUUGCAAGAGCAUCUCCAUCACCAACACCAAUGAUGGAAAAGGUGGACAAAGCAUCACCAUCACCAAAGACAGAAACGUUGGCAAAUGCAUAUCCAUCACCAUCAUCAAAGAUGGAAAAGGUGUCAAAAGCAUCUCCAUCACCAUCUCCAAUAAUGAAAAAGGUGGGCAAAGCAUCACCAUCACCAAAGACAGAAACGUUGGCAAGAGCAUCUCCAUCACCAUCAUCAAAGAUGGAAAAGGUGUCAAAAGCAUCUCUGUCACCAAAGCUGGAAAACAUUGGAGGAUUCAGUGUUUGGUAG